ACAUCACAACGCAAGAAAGUCGAUCGAACCUGCGCUAGCCUAUAUAUAGGUCUUGGUUGACACCGCCUGGUCUCCGAGUCCAAGAGGGGAAGCAGCGGCUCUGGACCUCUGAUCAAUCUAGCUUAGCUUUCUUCGAGUUCAGACUUCAGAGCGCAUAUGGCCAUGGAAGUUCAGGGCACCAGGCGGCCGCAGGAUGCCGGCGUGAAGGUCAAGUUCAUCGAGACGCAGUUCAUUAGCUCCGACGCCGCCAGCUUCAAGGCCGUCGUGCAGCGCCUCACCGGCAAGUCCCCAGCCGCCUCGUCGCAGACGACUCAGCCGCCGGCGCAUCCUCAGCCACAAAGCCUGCGCCCGUGCCGGCCGACCUUCAUUGGCGCUGGGCAGCAGCAGACCACUGGAUGGACAGAUCUACAGGCUGCCGGCGGCUACCUGGCGACGAUGCCGGCGCCGAAGCAAGAGCACCUCGCGGCGGCGCCUCGGCUGGAGGACAUGAACGAGCUCUGCGACUUUGCAGACCUGUUCUACACCACCGCCGCGAGCAAUCGGCCCGACGGCGGCGCCAGCGUCUUUCCUUACUGAAACCACGGUGCGUGGUGUGUCCUUGCGCCUUGGUGGUGUUUUCGGAAUGCAUGAAUGAAUGAUGAAGCGCGGAUACUUGAAGUUUGCCAUUGCCAAUUUGCCAGCCACGUCGCAGUCGCAGCGAGUUGGGCUGGGCACAUUGAUGACCAAGAGCUAGGUGUGCAAGGAGACAGAUCGAGAUGGAUUGUCUGUCAACCGCUGUACUGUUGAUUCAUGUAGCUGCAUACUCACGCCACGAGUUCUCUCAACGACAGUUAAAUGCUGCCGUGUCAAAUUUGUAAUGGGCUAAACACAGAUCAUGUGUGCAAUAUGCAUAGAUAUUUUUCUCAUACAGGUUGUCAAAUUUAUUAAAUUUUGAUUUUUUGACCGUGGUUGUGACUUGUGAAUGACUG